AUGGGUCACCAACUCGUCCGCAACGCUUGGAUAUUGCGUUACAAACAAAUAAACAUUGUUUGGGUGUUCCCCGCCUUUAUAUACCACGUUCCUACUUACAUUUUACAGUGGUUUUUAACAAUGCUUUUCCAUAAAUGCCUCCGGAUAUUACCGAAAGUUGUUCAUUGCAAAUACUCCUUGGCUAUUGAACGUUCAGCAAUUGACAAAUUACGAUCAUCCAAUAAAGAUGUGAUUGUUGAUUGCACAGCCAAAGAAGGUGUGGCUUUUCUUGCAAUGAAUUAUCAAACAAAAAAGAAUGCUCUUAGCAAGUCGUUUGUUUCUUCUUUGUCAGAGGCUGUUAAAGAGCUAGAAAUGGAUAGCAAAUCAAAGGUUGCUAUUAUCUGCAGUUUAGUGUUGUAA